UAUGUCACUUCCGGUUAGUGAGCGACACACGAGCGAGGAUAACGUGUUUCUUUAAAAGAAAAAUACAACUUUAUGUAUUAUUUAUAUAAUUGUGGCUCAAUUAAAACAAAAUGGGUGAAAAUUUAUUAAAAGAAGCAUUUGAAGUUGAAUCUGAACAUGGAGCUUUCUAUACAGGAGGAAAUAUUCAGUGGAGUAAGGAUGGUGAACAUUUAUUUUGCCAAAAUCAAGGACAGGUCUCCGUAUUGUCAGUAAAUAAAGGAUUAAUUAAAUCGGUUAUUGGCAAACCUGAAAAAGAAGAAGAUGAGGAGGAUCCUAUAAACUGUUUUGCUCUUAGUACUGACAAUCUUUCAUUGAUUACACAGCAUAAAAGUAGUCUUUUCAAAUUAUGGAGUUGGGAAGAAACAAAAUUAAAAAAGAUGUGGAAGUCUAUUCAUCAAGGACCAGUAACUCAAAUAUCUUUUUUCGAUGGAGAUAUUCUCAUGGCCUCUGGAGGUUCUGAUGGCAGUGUUAGACUUUGGAACAUUGAACAUCAAUCUUGCACUCAUAAUCUUAAGGGUAUUCAAGGAGUAAUUAGUGUUUUAGAAUUUCAUCCCGAUUCGGAGAAGGAACUUUUAUUUGCCGCUGGCGAUGAUACUAAAAUUCACGGUUGGAAUAUAAAAACUGGACAGAAAAAAUUAUUGUUAAAUGGACAUUUUAGUAAAAUUACUUCUAUUUCUUUUCAUGAAGAUGGAAUACAUAUGCUCAGUUCUGGACGAGAUAAAGUUUUAGUAUUGUGGGAUAUUUUAAAAGGAACUUCUUUAAAAGUUUUACCAGUUUAUGAAGGAAUCGAAGGAGCAUUUAUUAUUCCAUCUGAAGCUGUAUUACCAAAUUCUUUGAAAAAUAAAUCAAGUGAAAUCUAUGCUGCUUGUGCUGGUGAAAAAGGAGUCAUUAAAAUAUGGAAAAUGAAAUCAGGACGUGAAGUUUAUACACAAGAAAAUUCUCUUGUUCAUCCUGCAAAAGAAGCAGGUGGUCUUUCUAUAACACAUUUAUUGUACAAUGCAAAAAGUAACAGUGCGGCUGUUGUGUCUGCUGAUCAUAAUAUUAUAAUUCAUUCUAUGGAAACUUUUGACUGCAAAAAACAGUUAGUGGGCUACAGUGCAGAAAUUUUGGAUCUCGUUUAUGUUGGCGAAGGAGACACACAUUUGGCAGUUGCAUCAAAUAGCUGUGAUAUAAAAUUAUACGAAUUAGAAACAAUGAAUUGUCAAUUAUUAGGUGGUCAUACAGAUUUUGUGAUGGCAUUAACCACCACUCAUAUAAAUCGACAUCUUUUCGCCUCAUCUAGCAAAGACAACAGUGUAAGAUUAUGGCUACUGGACAGAGAAUCUUUACAAGCUAGUUGUAUUGGUGUAGGAGUAAGACACACUGAAUCGGUGGCAUCUAUUGCACUCUCUCAAGCAUCGACAAAAUUUUUUGCAUCUGUCAGUAAAGAUUAUUGUCUAAAAAUAUGGGAUGUUCCCGAAAAAUUAGUAACAGGCGAUGCUGUAACUCUUAGUGCAAUUUUCUCCGUGAAAGCACAUGAUGCAGAAAUUAAUUGUGUUUCCGUUUCUCCGAAUGAUAAGUUCAUUGCAACUGCUGCUUUAGAUAAGACUGCAAAGCUUUGGGAUGCGAGUAAUUUACAAUUAUUGGGUGUAUUUCGUGGACAUCGAAGAAGUGUUUGGUGCGUUCGAUUUUCACCGAUUGAUCAAGUACUUUUAACAUCGUCUGCUGAUUGUACAAUGAAAAUUUGGUCAUUGACUGAAUUGAAUUGUUUAAAGACUUUUGAAGGUCAUGAAGCCUCUGUAAUAAGGACAGAAUUUUUAUCCCGAGGGAUGCAAAUUAUGUCAUCAUCAGGAGAUGGUUUGGUGAAACUAUGGUGUGUCAAAACUUCUGAGUGUGUUAGUACUUUGGAAAAACACGAAUCUGCAGUAUGGGCACUCAAGGUAAAUAAGAUAGAAACUCAUGUAGCAACUGGAGGAAGUGAUUCAAAAUUGAUUAUUUGGCGUGAUGUUAGUCAGGAAAAUAAAGCCAAAUUAAUUGCCGAGAAGGAAGAGUUAAUUCUUCAAGAACAAAAAUUAUCAAAUUUACUCAAAGCUGAUCUAUUAACAGAAGCUUUAAAUCUUUCUUUAAAGUUAGAGAAGCCUUUUCAAAGUUUGAAAAUAGUUGAAGGUAUCAUUAAGAAAAGCGAGGAGAAUUUAGUUAAUACUAUUCGAGAAUUAAAACCAUCUCGGCAGGAGUCAUUAUUGAAAUGUGCGGUUAUUUGGAACACCAACAGCCGAAAUUCACAGGCUGCUCAGUUGGUGAUAAACGCAUUAAUGAAUGAAAUUAGUGGCGAAUAUUUACAAACGAUAGGUUAUAAUUCAUCAUUAGAGUCAUUGAUCCCAUAUUCAGAGCGACAUUUUAAGAGAGUUACACGAUUAUUACAAGAUCUUCAUCUACUUAAUUAUACUGUACAUCGCAUGAAACCUCAUAUGACUCCAAUGAAUAUUGACUAAUUUAGACGAAUCUAGAGAUGAAAAUUUUUAAAGAAGAGAAUAAACUUUUAUUUUUUUUAAAAAUAGA